GAAGAAAUCAUUCUUGAGGAAAAGAGAGCGUAAAAAAGGGCGAGGAACCACAGAAAAAACCUGGCCGUUUCACGGGUCACCAGGAGGUGGAGGAGGGAGACCGCCGGUACCGGUUAAUUCCGUUAUUCUCCUUUCAGCCCCCGUCGCCUUAUUCCCCGAUCGAAAUUGAAAUUUAAACCCACCUUUUACCGGCUGUUCCCCGUUCCCCAUUGCCGCCACCUCACCACCGCCUCCGCCACCUCCUCCUCCCUCUCCGUCGUCGUCUCUAUAAAUAGGAGCGAAAUCGAACCUCGCUGCUCCUUUCUUCGCAAGCACCAACGGCGAGCGCUCUUUAGCGUCUUCGAAGCGGGACUUGGGGCUCGUCGGUAUUUUGCAUUGCGCGUCGUUUCUUCCGGACGAAUCGUUAGCAUCGGAAGGAGGGAAGCGGGAUACCUCUUGGUUUGUCCUUUUGCGAUUUGAUUUUUGCGGUAUAUAUUUGGAGGAUUUGUGCCCGAUUCGGAACAUGAGGAAGGAGAAGAGGCGCGCGAUGAAGGGGAGGGUGUCGCGGAUCGGGAGCUACGCGAUCGCGUCGUCGGUCGGCGAUCGUCAGCAUCCUUGCAUUACCUGCACUACCUUCAACAUUCUCGCCCCUAUCUACAAGCGCUUGAACCUUAAGGAUCGCAGUUGUCGUGAAAGUGACUACAGAGCUUAUUGGCUUGAGAGGAAUCAUCGGAUAUUGGAUUGGUUGUUAGACGAAAGGUCAUCGAUUAUUUGCCUUCAGGAGUUCUGGGUCGGUAAUGAAGAGCUCGUCAACAUGUACGAGAAGAGGCUGGGUGAUGCUGGUUAUAUCAGUUUCAAGCUUGCACGGACCAACAACCGUGGAGAUGGAUUGCUGAUUGCUGUUCGGAGAGACUAUUUUAGAGUCAUCAAAUAUAGGGAGCUACUUUUCCCUGAUUGCGGAGAUCGGGUUGCUCAGUUAUUACACGUUGAACUAGUUGCACCCUUCCCAGAGUGCCGUAGUAAUGAUGUUGGGCAAGAAAUCCUCAUUGUCAAUACCCACUUAUUAUUUCCCCAUGACUCUAGUCUCUGUAUAGUACGACUUCAUCAGGUGUACAAAAUCUUGCAAUCCGUGGAAUCAUAUCAGAAAGAAAACAACCUGAAUUCCUUGCCCAUAAUACUCUGCGGCGACUGGAAUGGAAGUAAACGUGGUCAUGUUUAUAAGUUCCUUAGGUCUCAGGGGUUUGUUUCCUCGUAUGAUACUGCUCAUCAGUACACUGAUGCAGAUGCUCAAAAGUGGAUUAGCCACAGGAAUCAUCGAGGAAAUAUCUGUGGCGUAGAUUUUAUAUGGCUCCUCAAUCCUAACAGCUACAGAAAAUUACUAAAGACAAGUUGGAUUGAGACGGUGUUUGGCAUGUUCAAGUGUUUACUGAGGAGAGCUUCACCGACAGAAAAGGAUGCUUUUGCAUUUCUCAAGGCCGAUAAUCAUGGUGAUUAUAUAACCUACUCGGGUUUCUGUGACGCACUUAGACAGUUCAAUUUGACUGGCGACAGCCAUGGGCUUAGUGCUGAAGAGACAAAGGACUUAUGGGACGAAGUAGAUAUCGAUGGCAAUGGUGUUGUCGAUUUUGAAGAAUUUCAGCAACGAAUCUGGAACCCCUCCUGGUCAGAGCCAAAGACUGAAGAGAAAAAUGAGCGUCGGGAUGGAAAAGGGUGUCGGGAGCAGACAAUUGGUUUCAGUGUUAAAAAUGCCGUUCUGUUCCCGCCUGAAGUGGAGAAAGGAAGGUGGCCUGAAGAUUAUUCUCUCUCCGAUCACGCUCGACUUACGGUGGUGUUCUCACCUAUAAAAAUGCCGUGCUCACAGUUAAUAAACCGACCCUUGCCUGAUGCAUCUGGCUUCGUGGAUUUAGGGUCCAAAGCAAAAGAAUAAGGUAUAAUCUCGAGCUCCAGUAAGAGCGGAAAGAUCUUGUUCUAGCUCACUACUUGAGUUGGCGUAUCGUUACAUUCUCCCAAUGCCGAGGUAUGAUUAUGACAUGAUUACGGCAUCCUUCGCCGGCCACGAGCAUCUCAGACCUAUGCCUUGAGUGGACUAAGGGAUGCCAUGAGAAGCUCAUUUCAUUUUUUAUUAUUUCCCUCACCCACAUUUCAGACAUCUGCACCAUCCUCAUCAGUCCUCGCACAUUUCUGCUCCGUUACUUCCCAUAUUCACUCAUUUUCCGAGAGUAGCUGUUAUACUGGAUCUUUAAGCCUCUGGGGUUUUGCUCCCGUGGGUCUCGAUGCAGUUUUGGGAAAAGCCGAUAGAAGCGGCGAAAGAAGGAAAGGAGAGAGAGAUGAAAAAUUCAGAGAAGUAGAUACAUGUACAUUCCACAGGUGAUCCGUAGUCUGUGCACGAGAGAUGUUAGGGAUUUUUGUUUUUAUUUUUUAAUAUGUCGCGAGAGAUUUUUGUUCUGGCUGGCUACAGCAGAUUGUAAUUGUACAGAAACACGUAUUGCAUUGUCGAGAAUACAGAGGGUUUCCGAAGGGAUUGUUCGAUACAUGGACUCGGAUGA